AUGCUCCAGACUCGGUUACGGCCUCUGACCGUGUGCACAUCAUGCCGUAGCCUCCUAUCCUCACGGAGUCGCUCCUAUGCGACUGCGCAAUCGGCAGAGAAGACUGGAACCCAACCACCACCAUACCAGGCCUCUACAUCUACCGCAGAUGUCACCACCUUCACACCUGCCGCCGCGCCGAUGCGGAAAAAGGGCGGCUUCCAGAUGAAAACGUACAAGCCCCGAACACCCGGACUACGACACCUGAAGAGGGCCAUCAACGAUCAUCUGCAUAAAGGAGGGCCUAUGAGAAAUCUGACAUUCGCCAAAGUCGGCCAUGCCAAAGGAGGACGCAAUAACAGCGGAAGAGUGACCGUACGGCAUCGUGGCGGUGGACACAGGCGAAGAAUCCGGACGGUAGACUUUAAUAGAAAAGCGCCAGGAAAGCAUCUCGUGGAAAGGAUAGAAUACGACCCCAACCGCUCUGCGCAUCUGGCUCUGCUUCAGAAUCUGGAGACGAAGAAAUACAGCUACAUCAUUGCCGCUGAAGGAAUGAGAGCAGGCGAUACGGUGGAGUCAUUCCGCUCAGGAAUUCCUCAGGAGCUGCUGGACAGUAUGGGUGGUGUUCUGGAUCCUGGUAUGCUGGCUGCAAAGACGGCGUUCCGAGGCAACUGCUUGCCGGUGAAGAUGAUACCGCUUGGAACUCAAAUCUAUUGUGUUGGGUCAGCACCCGAAAGAGGCGCCGUUUUCUGCCGCAGCGCUGGAACGUACGCAACGGUCAUCUCAAAGACGGAGGUGGGCAAGCAGAAGGAGGUCAAGGAUGUGACCGUCAGGUUGCAGAGCAACGAGAUCAGAAAGGUCGCCGCAAAUGCUUGCGCUACGAUUGGAACCGUGAGCAAUCCGCAUCACCACUUCGAACAACUGGGCAAGGCUGGUCGAAGCAGAUGGCUAAACAUCCGGCCCACGGUGCGUGGUGUAGCCAUGAACGCUGCAGACCAUCCCCAUGGUGGUGGUCGUGGUAAGAGUAAGGGUAAUGUGCACCCUGUCUCGAUAUGGGGAAGAACGCCGGUAAGUUCAGCAGUCCUUUCGCCUGAAUUUAAAAGUCUUGCUCACACUGUGACUCCAGGCCAAAGGAGGAUACAAGACCCGCAAGAAGAGGAACCCGAAUAUCUACGUCGUCAAGGAGCGACCUCGAAACCAAGGCAAGCGCCGGGCGAAGAACUAG